GCUCAGUAGACGGGAGGCUCGGGAGGAUCGGCCGCAGAUUUGAAAUGGCAGAACACUUGUGCACGGGAAUCUCAAGCCCAACAACAUGUCAGUCUUACUGUCUCUGUCCGGAUAUUUAAGGAGUGACCAAAUAUUUUCUUUGCAACACCAACACAUCUGUUGUCGAUCCUUGAAGAUGAAGAAUUAUCUCAACCCAGCUGGAAAUGUGCUUUGUGUCUGAAAUGAAGUUUUCUGUUGUAACUCACUGAAAUCCACAGGAACCGGGGUGCUGAGAACACACCAGCAUUUGUUCACUGGAGAUCAGUUCUUCAACUGCAUUGAUUGUACAAGGGAUUCAAACAUCUGACUGUCUGAAUUGCUAGAUGAUUGAUCGCAGUGAGAUAUCAUUCUCCUUCUCUCAGUGAGGGAAGGGAUUCACUCACAGCCUAACCGCGGACACGCCAGUGAGUUCACAGUGGGGAGAGGCCGUUCACCUGCUCUGUGUGAGGGAGGGGAACUACUCAGUUAUCCAGCCUGAAGAUACAACAGCAAGUUCACACCAUAGUGAGAUAUUACACUUGUUCUGACGGUGGGAAGCAAUUAAUUCUGUCAUCGAUGCUAAAGACAUCUCCGAAAAUUCACCAGUGAGAGGACAUUGACCUGCUCAGACUGUGGGAAGAGAUUUAUUUGGUUAUUUCAACUGUAGGAAUAUCAGCGGGUUCACACUGGAGAGCGGAUGCUCACCUGCCCUGAUUGUAGGAAGGGGUUCACUCGGUCAUUUCAGCUGAACGAACGUCAGCGAGUUCACACUGAGAAGAUGCCGUCUACCUGCUCAGACUGUGGGAAGGAAUUCACUUCGUCAUCUUACUUGAAAGUACAUCAGCGAGUUCACUCUGGUGAGAAACCGUUCAUUUGCUCAGACUGUGGGAAAGGAUUCACUCGGUCAUCUCACCUACUGAGACACCAGUUAGUUCACACUGGAGAGAGGCCAUUCAUCUGCUCUGACUGUGGGAAGGGAUUCAUUUGGUCUGCUGAACUGAACGCACAUCAGCGAGUUCACACUGGGGAGAGGCCGUUCACCUGCUCGGACUGUGGGAAGGGAUUCACUCGGUCAUAUCAUCUAUACGCCCAUCAGCGAGUUCACACUGGGGAGAGGCCGUUCACCUGCCGUGAAUGUGGGAAGGGAUUCACUGACUCAUCCUCAUUACUGAAACACCACUUAGUUCACACCGGGGAAAAACCGUUCAACUGUUCUGAAUGUGGGAAAGGAUUCGCACAGUCGUCCACCCUUGUGAAACAUUACCAAACUCACACUGGGGAGAGGCCAUUCACCUGCUCUGAAUGUGGGAAGGGGUUCAUUCAGGCUGUUCUGCUGAAGGACCAUCAGCGAAUUCACAAUGAAGAGAAACCCUUCACCUGCUCAGACUGCGGGAAGGGAUUCACUCGAUCAUCUCAACUGAAGGUGCAUCUGAGAAUUCACAACGGGGAGAAACCAUUCAUCUGCUCAGACUGCGGGAAGGGAUUCAUCUGGUCAUCUCAACUGAAGGCACAUCAGCGAGUUCACACUGGGGAGAGGCCGUUCACCUGCUCGGAAUGUGGGAAGCGAUUCACUCGGUCAUCGCAACUACACUCACAUCAGCGAGUUCACACAGGGGAGAGGCCGUUCACCUGUUCUGAAUGUGGGAAGGGAUUCACUCGGUCAUCCAGGUUACUGAAACACAAGCUAGUUCACACCGGGGAGAAACUGUUCACCUGUUCUGAAUGUGGGAAGGGAUUCACUCGGUCAUCUCAACUGAAGGCACAUCAGCGAAUUCACACUGGGGAGAGGCUGUUCACCUGCUCAGACUGUGGGAAAGGAUUCUCUCGGUCAUCCAAGCUACAGAGACACCAGUUAGUUCACACUGGGGAGAAACUGUUCACCUGCUCUGAAUGUGGGAAGGGGUUCAUUCAGGCUGUUCAGCUGAAGGACCAUCAGCGAAUUCACAAUGAAGAGAAACCGUUCACCUGCUCAGACUGCGGGAAGGGAUUCCCUCGGAUAUCUCAACUGAAGGUACAUCGGCGAGUCCACUCUGGGGAGAAACCGUUCAUCUGCUCAGACUGCGGAAAGGGAUUCAUCUGGUUAUCUCAACUGAAGGCACAUCAGCGGGUUCACACUGGAGAGAGGCCGUUCACCUGCUCAGACUGUGGGAAGGGAUUCAUUCGGUUAGCUCAUCUAUACACACAUCAGCGGGUUCACUCUGGGGAGAGGCCAUUCACCUGCUCAGACUGUGGGAAGCGAUUCACUCAGUCAUCUCAACUGACGGUACAUCGACGACUUCACUCUGGGGAGAGGCCGUUCUCCUGCUCAGACUGUGGGAAGGAAUUCACUCACUCAUCCUCAUUACAAAGACACCGGUGGGUUCACACCAGGGAGAGGCCAUUCACCUGCUCUGAAUGUGGGAAAGGAUUCACUCAUUCAUCUGAAUUACUGAAACAUCAGCGAGUGCACACCGGGGAGAAACCCUUCAUCUGCUCAGACUGUGGGAAGGGAUUCACUCGAUCAGCCACGUUACAAAGACACCGGCGGGUGCACACUGGAGAAGGCUGUGCCCUUGCUCUCAGUGUGGGAAGAGAUGCACUCAGUCACCCGAUCUCGUGACGCACCAUGAUCACACUGGAGAAGGCCGUUCUCCUGCUCUGAACUUGGGAAGAGAUGAACUCAGUCACCCGAUCUCGUGACGCACUAUGAUCACACUGGAGAAGGCCGUUCUCCUGCUCUCAGUGUGGGAAGAGAUGCACUCAGUCACCCGAUCUUGUGACGCACCAUGAUCACACUGGAGAAGGCCGUUCUCCUGCUCUGAACUUGGGAAGAGAUGAACUCAGUCACCCGAUCUCGUGACGCACCAUGAUCACACUGGAGAAGGCCGUUCUCCUGCUCUGAACUUGGGAAGAGAUGCACUCAGUCACCCGAUCUCGUGACGCACCAUGAUCACACUGGAGAAGGCCGUUCUCCUGCUCUGAACUUGGGAAGAGAUGCACUCAGUCACCCGAUCUCGUGACGCACCAUGAUCACACUGGAGAAGGCCGUUCUCCUGCUCUGAACGUGGGAAGAUAUUCACUCAGUCACCCGAUCUCGUGGUGCUCUACGGAGCUUUGACCAGAGGCCUACUGGAGAGAUGCGAAGCUCAAGUUUUCCGAUCGAGUGUUAAGGGCAACGACGCUGGGCCAUUUUGCUGGGAGUUUUCAGCAGCCGCCAAUCACCAUUCGGGAUUGAUUAGCAGGAGCGAAGGGAAGUGAGACAGGGCGAGUGGAGCGGCCCCCGCCCCCGCCCCCCCCCCCCCCCCCCCGUCAGAGCGGACAGAGUCAGAGUGGGGAUUUUGGGGCUUCAGGGACGAGCGGCUUCAAUCAGAGAAGGCAAAAGUAAGCUGUCUUCUCCUUUCUUUACAUUUAGAACAGUAGAGAUGCCAGGCAGGAUAAUGAAAUGUUCUUCUUGUGGAUGUGGGAAGGCAGGGAGAGAUCUCUUUGAGAAGUGCAUCCAGCUGCAGCUUCUAACAAUCGCGUGUAAGGGGUUCCUUCUUUAUGUUAAUCAAAAAGGUUUCUUUGUUAUGUUAAAAGUACAAAUGCUUCUUUGUUAUGGUAACUGGUGAGAGAGCAGCUGACUCGCAGCUCCUUUGGGUUAUAAUUACUGUUAACCAUUUGGGGUUUUAUGUUAUUCUUUCUUGUGGGGCUGUAAGCUGGUGUCGCGCAGGCUAUUGGGGAGUCGGAGGGGAGAUCGAGAGGAAGACAGACGUGCUGGGAGUGGCCUGGUCGAUCAGUUCCAGGUGGUCCCAAGCUGUGAGUUGUGGGGUCGGAGCAGAUCGCAGGGGAAGAAGGAAGGUCCCGAGCUCUAACUGUGUGUGCACGAAGAAACUGAACUGUGAUAAGUCGGGCGCCUUUUCUUGUUUCCAUUCAUUCCUUUUUGUAUUGUAUCUUUAUUAAUCUCAUAGUCCAAGUAAGAUUUAUAAAGUGUAAUUUGUAAAAUGUACAUUGUGUGCUGGCUGGUGAAUGAUGUUUGAGGCCGUAUCGGGUGGCAUUGCACAGCGACCGAUGGAUGGAUGGGGGACGAGGUCUCCCCGAGAUGCCAUAGAUUAGAAGGAUGAGGGGGGAACUUCAUAGAAACAUUUCGAAUGUUAAAAGGCAUGGACAGAGUGGAUGUGGCAAAGUUGUUUCCCGUGGUGGGGGAGUCUGGUACGAGGGAGCAUGGCUAGAGGAUUGCAGGGCGCCCAUUCAGAACGGAGAUGCAAAGAAAUUUUUUUAGCCAGAGGGUGGUGAAUCUGUGGAAUUUGUUGCCACGAGCGGCUGUGGAGGCCGGGUCAUUGGGUGUGUUUAAGGCAGGGCAUCGAAGGUGAUGGUGAGAAGGCGGGGGAAUGGGACUAAAGGGGCGAUUGGAUCCGCACAUGAUGAAAUGACGGGGCAGACUCGAUGGGCCGAAUAGCCGACUUCUCCUUUGUCUUAUGGAUGCGUUCGAGCUGAUGUAGCUGAGUGUUACGCGCGGUAAGGUGUUGGAGCUGGAACCCGAUGAGCUCCGGAUCAUUCGGGAGGCUAAGGGGGUGACGGAGAGGACAUACAGAGAGUGCCGUGGUUUUUCGUGCCUCACAAAUGACCAGGAGACGCAGAAGAUUCUUCAAGAAGGGUUAAACUUUAAUUUGCAAAUCAAAGCUGAGACAGUCAUUGAGCUAGUCGCUGAUUGCCCACCGAUCUCUGGACACAGCAUUUUUUAUAGUAUAUGUCCAGUUGUAUUAGCAUAUGUAAUCGAUCUAUAGUUGCAUAUUACACGUACAUCAUGUCCCUAUUGUUCCUAUCAAUUGGCUUAAUCAUGUUCUAAUCUACAUCUCUUAGCUACCUCUCAUUAACAUACCAUUGUCUUCUACAUUUUUAAGACUUCAGUCUCCUACCAAAUUGGGUACAUGCAUAGCAAAUAAUAAACUCAGAACUGACCAAUGUUCUAAUCUACAUUUCUUUAGCUACCUCUCAUUAACACACCAUUGUCUUCUACAUUCCUAAGAUUUCAUUCUACUAAAUUGAGUACAUGCAUAGCAAACUGACUAGUUACACAGCAAAUGAUACAAGUUUUAUACUCCAUAAUAUUUUUGUACUCCAAAAAUAUUAGUCGGCACCCAGGGCGCAGGACACAGGAAACUGGGGGGCAGACAGGUAGGGGAAAGGGGUUAAGAAACCAGUGCCGAACAGCCCUGUGGCCAUCCCCCUCAACAACUGAUAUAUCAGUCUGGAUGCUGCUGGGAGGAUGAGCUCGCAACAGAGGAAAGUCACAGCAUCUGGGUCUCUGGCACCGAGUGUGGCUUAGAAGGGAAAGGGGGAGGAGAGGCAGACUGCGGCGAUGGGUGAUUCAUUAGUUGGAGGAACUGUUCUGUGGGUGAGAAUGAUCUUCCCAGUGCCAGGGUCUGAGACAUCUCGGACUGACUCCUCAGCAUCCUUAGUCGUCAUGAGGUUCUGCAAAGGGAGUUCUGGGAGUGAGGCACGAAGUUAAAAGGAUUGCCACGCGUGCCACGCGCCAGAAAUGGCAAGAUCAUGUGGCUUACCGGGCGGCUACGGAGUCGAUGUGGGAGGGAGAGCGUAAGACGUUUGGAUCAUUGGAGCCUGCGAGGGUUGUGGUGUGCAGGAGUGUGUGU